AUGGAGGCCACCAAAACCAGCUUCCCUACCGUGAUUGGCUCCGCCGAUGUGGAGCUUGAUUCUAUCGGUGAACUCAUGGCUAUCAAAGAAGAAGCCAUGAGUUCACCGAGUUCACCAACAGAAUCAGGCUCCACACCGGUAGAGCCAAUCUCAGUGUGGAAGCUGGUUUUGGUGGCCUCCAUCGCUGUCGGGAUGCACCUUGUCGACGUUGUCCAGAUAGCAUGGCAAACACCAAUCUAUGUAGAGUUUGGAAUACCGGAUAAAUGGACCUCUUUCGUGUGGCUCGUCGGCGCUGUUUCUGGCUCUGUUUUUCAUCCCUUACUUAGUUAUUGCAGCAACACCUGUAAACUCGGGUGGCGGCAACGUCCUUUUAUGUUUGCGGGUGCCGUUGGCGCCGCCAUAACUUUUUUAACAAUUAGAUUCGCCAAAGACGUCGGGUACGCCUUAGGAGACAUCCUCUCCGAGUAUACUCAGCAUCGCGCCUUAAUCAUUUUUGGGAUCGGAUUAUGGAUGUUGGAGAUUUCGAUCAACAUGAACGAUGCCCGUUGCAAAGACUUUCUUGAUGAUCUUGCCAGCAAAGACCAACCAAAGAUCAGACUGACAUAUCAGUUCUUCUCAUUCUUCAUGGUAGUCAGAAAUGAACUGGGUUACUUGGCCGCCUUAUUUAGUAGAUUCGAUGUUAUGUUGGCUGUGUUCUGCGUCCAGAACAAGCCAGCAUUACCUGAGGAGGAGUCAAUGGAGAGGGAAGAGAAAGAUGACAGAUGCGCACUAGUUAAAUGCUUCUGA